CAAAAACAACUUUUCGUCAGGAUGGUAUAGACCACCCAUUAAACCUAAAGAGUUAUGUUGGAAGUAACCACGGUAGGCGGGAGUGUCUAACGUUCGGUCGGCAACCGUUAACGUUACUGGAUCAUCCCAAAACACAAUCUGAAAACAACUCAAGUCCCCUGUCAUGUGGUGCGAGGCACCACUUUCAACAACUGCCGUUGUUUGAGUACCAUCCGGGCGGAUGGUAAUCCCAUGGGCGCUUUUCCCGUUUCCCUUCGACAAAAGUGCAAAUGUCAAAGACGAAACAGCGCCGGCGGACUUUUCGCCGUUUUGAUCUGUUUGACCCUUUUCCCGCUCUUUUGACCAAUCACCAAACCAGUCUUGUGCCUCCUGGUUUUCGUUUUUCUUGUCCCUGCCCUGGUGGUGACCAUGCACCAAGACAGUGAAGCCCUUAGGAGUAUCGGCAAAAUCAAAAAUUUGCUGAUCUUUCACCCCGUUGCAUGAUUCCCCUACAAACUUGCACAAGUUAAAAUAAGUCCAAUCCAUGCAGUUUCCUUCUGCUUUACGGGCGGAAUCUGCCACCUCGUAACUUUUGUUCUUUGCCAUCUCAUGCGGGUUCGCUUUUCUUUUUAAAUUGCUGAGAUCAUACAAGCGCGAAACCCCAUGCAGAAUAGGCAUUCUUUGUAAUGAAUUUUCGUUCUUUUCAGGUACUUUCACGUUCUUAACAGGAGCGGAAUCAACUUCAAAUUUUACAUUGGAAAUCUUACAAGUAGUGCCGGUUGAUUCGUAAACAGGGCGGAUAGAUGCGUUUUUCAUCAUACAUUUCGAUACGUUUUCGUUGGAAAUAGAGGCUGUUUCAAGUACACUGUGAUUGGAUAUAGGUGCUGUUUCAAGACCAUCAAUUUUUGUUUCGAGUACUGUAGCAUUGUAAAUAGAGGGAGAUUGUAGAUUUUGAAUGCAUGUAACGUCACUACUUUGACCAGAAGUAGAGCCUGUUUUAACAACAUGAACAUCAUCAGCAUCGGUUUUUCGACGUUUAGCAGCAUGAGAAAUUUGACAAUUCUCAUCGGAACCCGGCCAGCUUCGUCAGUUGGGACAAUCCUUACGAACAUGUCCAAGCUGCUUGCACUUGUGACGUUUGAUCUUGGAUUUGUCUCCGCCGCCGCCUUUUCCCUUCUGCUGGUCUCCCUUGCCUCCUUUUCCGCCGCCCUUGUUGUUCUUCUGGUUGUUGUUCUUGUACGGGUGCUGGUUCUUGUUGACCCAGCGGCCACCCUUCUUCCCCUUCUGUGCAACAACUUCAGCAGCGAUCGCUUUGUGAUCGGCCUGCGUCAAGUUGAGAGAAGCGGGCUUUGCGGUGUCCUCUUCGGUGCCCCCGUCUUUCAAGACGGAUUCGUACUCCUCCGCCAACUUCAACAAAUUAUCAUUGUCCGGCUUGUCCUGGAUGACGUGCGGCAUGAUAAAUGA